UUGAGCAUAUUAUAUAAUUUUUCCGUAUUUCUGUUCACGAAUAACAUUUUUUUCUAAGUAAUAUGAUAUUACAUGUUGUAUGAAAAAAGGUCAGUAGGUAUUUUGGCCUGGGGCGUAAUUAAGCCUUAAGCCGGCCCUGGGGCUGCAAGCUGCAUGCACUGCCCGGGUUAUUCAGACACCGCUGAGCACAUCUUGUUCCGGUGUCCGAACUGGGACGGCCUGUGUGAGGAGCUUUGCGCCCGCCUUGGCCGUUCUAUUGCAGCCGAAGACGUCCCAGGCAUCUUGUGCGAGCUGGUCUUCGAGGACCUCCCGGCGGACUGUCAGGAGAGGCAGGUCGUCCUCAGGGAAGGAGAAGAGACCUUCAGGAUCUUCUAUAAGAUGACUGUGGAGAUCCUAACCCUCAAGGAACAAGAGGAAAGAGUGCGGCAAGCCGCAGAAGCCAAUAGUCGGUGAUGUUUCACUACGGGUGUUGAAGUUGGCGGGCUGAGGACAGUCCACAAAGAGGCGAUCAGUAUGGGAGGAUUAAGACGGCUGGCUUAGGCAGGUCCGCGAAUAGGUUCUCUGCACGAGAUGUCUAGGGUGGCGGA